AUGGUCAAUUUCACGACCUCUUUCAUUCUUUCACUUUUAGUAGCCGUCUUAUCCAUCUCAGCUCAAGCUGAAGUCGCUGGACCUCGACACGGACCCAGACGACAAAACAGAGGAACACCUGUGCAAGCCAGAGCUGCCGCUUCAGCAAGUGCUUCAGCAGCAGACCCUUGGGCUAACUUCUCACAAUUCAAUUGGAAUACCUGGUCACCCAAUUGGGGUUGGACAGGACAUACCUUGGCCUACGUAAAGGCUUGGUAUUAUGAUGAGUAUGGUUUGAACCUUCCACCCGGAGUUUCCAGUUGGCAGCAAUUGUCGUUCUACGUUACUUACUACGGUACGACCACCACCAAAGGUGCAUCCCCAUCGAUCUCAAAUUACGGAAACCCUAACACCGAAGCUCCAUGGGAAACUGGACAGGUUGCGGCUUCAUCGACAUCCAGUUCCGCUGCUCGUGCUUCCUCAUCAAGUUCUUCCGCUGCUGCGUCCUCUUCCUCUUCUUCUUCCUCCAAGGCUGCCUCAUCUUCAUCUUCAUCUUCAGCUGCACCUUCCAGUUCUUCUGCUGUGGCCAGCUCAACCUCAUCCUCAAAAGCUGCUUCGAGCACUUCUUCCUCCGCUGCCGCCAGCUCUUCUUCCGCUGCUGCCUCCAGCUCUUCUUCUUCUUCCUCUUCCGCUCGAGCCUCUUCGUCAUCAUCUUCAGCAGCGGCAGCCAGCUCGAGCACCUCCUCAUCGGCACCUGCUCCUAGCUCAAGCAGUUCUUCCUCCGCCGCUGUGCCCAGCUCAAGCAGUUCUUCUUCUGCUGCCCGAAGCUCAAGCAGUUCUUCUUCCGCAGCGGUUAGCUCAAGUAGUUCUUCUUCUGCCGCUAUUUCAAGCUCAACUUCUUCCAGCACCUUAUCCUCCUCGGUCGCCUCUUCGUCAACCAGCUCCUCAUCUGCUGUGGCUUCCUCGACCGUGCCCGUUGUCCCUGCCGUACCAUCGGGAUGGGCUGUUGCUUCUUCUGCUUGUAUCGCAGACGGCAAGACCGGUCGUGCUUUGCUAGGAUCUUUCACCAUCGAUUACAACAACACAGUCGAAAGCUGUCUUGCCAGAUGCGAUGCUGGUGGAUACGCUAUCGCUGGUAUCGAAUAUGGAAACCAAUGCUUCUGUGGUUCUUACCUCUCCAAUGGAGCCUCGUUGACAUCCACCGCUACAUGUGCGGUUCCUUGUCCCGGAAACAGUCUGGAGACUUGUGGUGGAUACUAUGCUAUGAGCCUCUACGUUUCCACCAAAUUGAAUGGCGGUACGCUUAGUGCCGAUCUCACCUCCGUAGACCCAACUCUUCCUAGUGGAUGGUCCUCCAUCGCGAAGUGUAUGCCCGAAGUCAACGGCCGAGCAUUGACCGGCUCCUCUUGGUCCUCAGACGGUAUGACCGUCCCCGCUUGUCUCAAUCGAUGUGCCUCUGGAGGAUUCCAAUAUGGUGCCGUGGAGUACGGUCGAGAAUGUUACUGUGGUAACACGAUGGACAACGGCGCUGAUAUGACCAAGACCUCUACCUUGUGUGGUACCCCCUGUGCUGGUAACCCCUCCACCGCUUGUGGUGGUUACAAUGCUCUCCAAGUGUUCAACAACCCCGCCUACUCGUACUCUAAUACCGUUGUGAACGGUUACGUCAAGACUGCUUGUCUUCAAGAAGUCGCCAACCGAGCCUUGAGAGGCGCUGCCUACAAGGAUGAAAGUGGUAUGACCGUCGAAACUUGUACCCAAUACUGUUCCGACCGAGGUUACAUUAUGGCUGGUCUCGAAUACGGUAGUGAAUGUUAUUGUGGUUCCGCCCUUGUUGGUGGAGCAACUCUCCUUUUGACUUCAGGCGAAUGUAAGAUGGCAUGUGUCGGUGACAGUACUGAGAACUGUGGUGGACCCAACGCUAUGUGGCUUUACAUCAACCCUAAUACUUUAACCACCAAGGUCACCCUCCCCACCGGUUGGUCAGCCAAGGGAUGUAUCGCUGAAGGAUGGACUUCUCGAGCCCUCAACUUCACUGCCACAGACUACAUUCAAAAAGGAACCAUGACAGGCGAACUCUGUUCUAGACAAUGUGCCACUCUUGGUUAUACCAUGGCUGGUACCGAAUACGCUUCGCAAUGUUAUUGCGGUAAUUCAUUCAACGGUGGAGCUACAGGCGCUAUCAUCGACACUCUCACCGAUGGUACAGGUCAAUGUAACUACCCAUGUCCAGGUAACGCUGCUCAAAUGUGUGGUGGUGCUUCUCGAUUGUCUCUUUACUCCAACUUGGCCACUUUGCCUAACGGAGGCUCUUCCACUACUACACUGUAG